UAUAAAUUCCUAAAAAAUCGUGCUACCGGCGCACACCUAAACAAGCACAAAGUACAACUCCUAAAGCAUGACAAAAUCUAAAUAUAUACACACUUGCAUGUCAUUCAUCAUAUAUGAUAUCAUACACCAUAGAAAUUGGUGAACUUCAGUCUGAAUCUUCACUGUAAAUCUACUUUCCGGUGGUUCAAACACCAAGAAGAUGUGUGAAUCAGUGUUUUCCGGCAACCAUUGUCAUCCAUACAACAUGCAAAUGGGUGGUGAUCUUCACUCCAUUGCUUACUUUACUGAUCAUCACAAUCUUCAUCUUCUUAAUAGAGACAUCUCUCACUGUAUGGAGAUGAACAACAAUAAUACUCAGUUCUACGAUCAGCCAUUAAUCGAUUUCGAUAACUCAUCGGGCUAUUUAGAGGAUGCUCUAUUUGAAUUCAGAUCCAAACGACGCCGUUUAAUGAUGGCUCAUGAUGAUCAUCCUCAUUAUCUACCCAAUGACCAGAAUACUCCACCUCCCUCAUUUCCUAGGUACUGGGAUUUCAAUACUGCUCAUGACCUUGAAAAUUUUGGUGGGGAUAAUUCAACUUCAUCUUCACAAAGCAAGAGUUCAAUCAGUACCCAGUUUUUCUCUGAUAAAGAAACCUUUAGUUCACCAGACCACGUCACUGGUGAAAUUAAGGAGGAUAAAAAGAAGGUGAUAACAAGAGUAGUGUACCCAUUUGCAUUGGUAAAGCCAGGAGGAUUCAAAGGGGAUACGACUUUGAAUGACAUUAAUGAAAGAAUCCUAAUGCCACCAACUAGGCCGGUCAGGCAUCCGGUGGGAGACUUUGCUUGUCGGCCGUUGGUUUCACUAGACGGACCAGGCCUAUCCGGGAAGGUUGUGGUGGCUCUCACGAGGAUCCAAACACACGGCAGAGGCACAAUCACCAUUAUUAGGACGAAAAACUAAGGUUCAUAUAUGGAUGUAUAGGUGUUUGGAUGUGGGAUGUAUAAAUAUCAAGGGUUAAGUUCUUACGAAAACAAACAUGUCUUAUUUAAAGUUCGUCGCUUUAGUCGCUUAUGAAAAGGACCAUAGAUUAUCUCA